CGGGACAGGGACUGAGGACAACAAGAGUAGGUGAAGGAAAGGAAGAUACCAUGGCAACUGCUUCAGAUCAGAAUGUGGAGUUUGUGCGAACAGGCUACGGCAAGAACACAGUGAAGGUGUUGGUCAUCAGGAGACAGGGGAGCCACCACUUCAUCAUUGAGCUGAAAGCCGACGUGCAGCUCACACUCAAAACACGCAAGGAUUACCUGAAAGGAGACAACUCAGACAUCAUCCCGACCGACACCAUGAAGAACACCGUCCAUGCACUGGCCAAGCUCAAGGGGGUUAAGAACAUCGAGCAAUUUUCCCUGGAUAUCUGUCAUCAUUUCCUGACCUCUUUCAACCAUGUGCUGAGGGCCAAGGUUCACAUGGAGGAGGCUCCAUGGAGAAGGCUGGAGAAGAAUGGGGUAGAGCAUGCUCAUGCAUUUAUCUUCAGCCCAGAAGUCUGUCGCUUCUGUGAUGUUGAACAGAAUCUCAAUGGCAUCCCUGUGGUUCACAGCGGGGUGCAGGACAUGAAGGUGUUGAAAACCACCCAGUCUGGUUUUGAGGGUUUCCUCCGAGACCGCUUCACUACUCUGCAAGAAGCCAGGGACAGGUGUUUCUGCACCUCUGUCUACGCCAGGUGGCGCUACAACAAGAUUCAAGAUCUCGACUUUGAUGCUGCAUGGAAGCGUGUGAAGGAGACUAUUAUUGAGAAGUUUGCUGGGCCCUACGAUCGUGGAGAGUACUCACCCUCUGUGCAGAAAACCCUUUAUGAAACACAGGUUCUAGUCCUGGACCGAAUUCUUGAGGUGGAUGAAAUAGAGAUUGUCAUGCCCAACCAGCAUUACUUCACCAUAGACAUGACAAAAAUGGGCCUCACCAACAAAGAUGAAGUUCUUCUUCCUCUGGACAACCCGUCAGGCAACAUCACUGGGACAGUGCGCAGGAAACAGCAAGCCAGGCUGUGAAGAAAAUGCUGCUGCUACAACCGACAUAUCAAAAUAAAUUUCUGAGAACAAGUGUGACCUUUUAAACAUUUUUCAUCAAAAAUCAUAAUUACAAUUCAAGAUUUCUCAAAUACGAUAAGGUUUUUGAACAUUUAAUGUCAAUAUGUAAGUAUAAUAAUAAAGAAAAGAAAAGCACUAUAAAUAAA